AUGUCGCCGCCUGAGACUUACCAUCACAACCCCCACAACGACGCCCACGAUGGCGAGCGCGAGCUACCACUGUCCCUCGAGGACUACGCAAUCACACGAAACGGUUUUCUCCCUGAGGAAGCGCCAUUAACCAGGCUUCCCAGCAUCUACUACUCACCAUGGGAGUCUGUGAUGGAUACGCUGUCUGUUUCUCUCACCAACCGCACGCUCCGCAGCCAAGUCGACCAACUCCCCGUUCUCUCCACCAAGCUCCUCGCGGCAGAACCCGAAUGGCGACGUGCUUACCUCGUUCUCAUUUUUCUUGCCCACGCCUACAUCUGGGGUGGGGACACCGCGUCUGAGAUCCUCCCCCCCCAACUAACCCUCCCCCUCCUAACCGUCUCCUCCCACCUGCACCUCCCCCCCGUCGCAACCUACGCCGGCCUCAACCUCUGGAACUUUCGCACCACAUCCCCUAGUCACGACUUCACCGACCUAGAUCACCUCCACGCCCUACACACCUUCACCGGCACCGAAGACGAAUCCUGGUUUUACAUGGUCUCCGCCGCCAUGGAAGCGCGCGGCGGGGAGAUUAUUUCCGGCAUGUUGCGCGGUCGAGAAGAGGAGGAUAUGCACGACCUGCAAACAACUACGCAAGCGUUGCGGGAGUUUGUGGCGUGUAUUGCUGCGCUGGGCGGGUUGUUGGAGCGGAUGUAUGAGCGGUGUCGGCCGGGGGUGUAUUAUCACCUGAUUCGGCCGUUUUUGGCGGGGAGUUCGGGGAUGGAGGGGGCGGGGUUGCCGAAGGGGGUUUUUUAUGAUGAGGGGGCUUCUGGGGAAAGGUGUCAAGGGAGAAAAGGGCAGUGGAGGAAGUAUCGCGGUGGGAGUAACGGGCAGAGUUCGCUGGUGCAGUUUCUGGAUGCGGCAUUGGGGGUCGAACACGGGGUUGUGGGAGCUGGUAACAGCAACAGCAAAGCAGGAGAGAAGACCGACAGCAACCCCAAAGAAACAAGCUACCACGAAGAAAUCCGCGCCUACAUGCCCGAACCCCACCGACGCUUCCUCCGCGAUGUCAGCGCGCGGUAUCCAGGGGGGAUGCGCACGCUUGUCGGGGAGAUCCUCGCGACCAGCAUGCCACUAGAGACCGAAAAACGCGCGCUGGGUGAGGCAUUCCAGACGGCAACGCAAUCACUGGCGGGGUUUCGGGAUAAACAUAUGCAGAUUGUCGCGCGGUAUAUUAUUAUCCCGUCGAGGCAUCCGGCGCCGUUGAAGGAGGAAGGGGAAAAGGUGAUGAAUAAUUUGGCGACUGCUUCAUCGAGGUUAGGGGGAAAGGUGAAGGGAAAUGGAGAUGGAGAUAAGGGUGAGAAGGGAGGACAAUGUGAAGGGACGGGGGAAUUGACUGGGACGGGGGGCACGGCGUUGGUGCCGUUUUUGAAGCAAUCGAGGGAUGAGACGGUGCGGGCGGGGGUUUUGUUCUCGUGA